AUGGUGAAGAAGAGAAACAUGAAGCCCAUUAUGGGCGGGUGGGCUGCCCGUGCCGCUGUCUCCCCUCACCCUCCUCCUUCCCCCACCCUCCACCUUCCUCCACCCUACACCUUCCCCCACUCUCCUCCUUCCCCCACCCUCCUCCUGCCCCCAUCCUUCUCCUCCCCCUCACCUCUCAAAGAUGGGUCGGCCGGUGGUGACGAGGGAGUGGUGGUGGUGGUGGUGGUGGUGGUGGUGGGGUAUGAAGAGGAGCUUGACGAGAGUGGGGGUACUGGUGCUGGUGCUACCUACCUGCACUGCUGCUGCCUUGUCGCGAGGAGGCGAGGCGGAUCUGCCAUCCCAGGCGAGGAGGCGAGGCGGAUCUGCCAUCCCAGCAUUGCCUCCCCUUCUACCAUCUCCAUCCGUUCCCUCUGCUCACUCGAUGCAUCGCCUUUCUCGCUUCCUUCCUUGCUUACUUCCCUUCCCGUUCUCACUCUACGACUCACCUUCCUUCCCCACUUACUUCCCUUCCCGUUCUCACUCUACGACUCACCUUCCUUCCUCGCUUACUUCCCUUCCCGUUCUCACUCUACGACUCACCUUCCUUCCUCGCUUACUUCCCUUCCCGUUCUCACUCUACGACUCACCUUCCUUCCUCGCUUACUUCCCUUCCCGUUCUCACUCUACGACUCACCUUCCUUCCUUGCCUACUUCCCGUUCUCUCUCUAUGACUCACCUUCCUUCCUGGCUUACCAGCCGCAAGCCCCCCAUUUACCCCAUUCCCCUCCUCCCACCCUCCCCCCCUCCCCCCCCUCCCCCUCUCCCCCUCUUCCCCCCUCCCCACUCCCGCCCUCCCGCGCUCCCCCUCUCGCCUCUCCCUUUUUCCACCCCUCCCCCCCUUUCCCCCUUCCCCCCUUCCCCUUUUUCCCCUUUAGCCUACCAGCGGCAAGGGCAGCGACGGGCAUGGGCGCAACGGACAUGAGGCGGAGCUCAUUCCGCGACUCCUUCUCCCCCGCUGCGCCGCGCUGCUCUGUCUCCCCCGCCCGCCUUCCUUGCUCCGCGCGCAAGCAGAGGCCUGGCGCAAGGCGGAAGGGGAGGCGUUCGAUAGGAGAGGGCAGAAUGGCGGGAGGGCGGAACGGCGGAAGGGCGGAAGGAGAGGCGAACGACAAUCGGGGCGGGAAAAGGAGCAAAAUAGUGCAAUAG